GAAGAAGAACAACUAAGCUUCAUCUCUCUUUCUCUAGACUGCUAAUUCUGUUGAUUUAUUUCCUAACCUAGCUACCUCUAUCUCCCCAAUUAAGGCAAACGGAGACACCAUGUCCGGAUAUGCCGGAGGUAUACGGAGCGACUUACCAGCUACAUACAGAGCUGCCCUGAACGACAGAUACAGUUUGCAGCCACCACUUCCACCAGUACCGACGAGCGAUAGGCCCUACAGCACACAGAGCUUCGACUAUUUCUUAUAUUCUCCACAAAGGCAAAGGAGGGAGUAUCAGUCUGAUAGCCUCACGAGAUCCAAUUCAUUUUCUUCCAUUUACACGAGGAGAGUAUACAGUGCCCAGCCCCGCCGAAUGGCUAAUACGAUAAGAGCAUCCAACCGUUCCGCCAUCCUUGCAGUAGGAGAGGAGCUACGCCAGCUACUGCACGCAGAAGAUGAUCCUCCAGUCUUGAAGGACAGGAGAUACCACCUAAAGACUUAUGCUACCUGUUUCAUUGGUCAUGAAAUGGUCGAUUGGCUCUUGAAGAAAGGUGAAGUGGAGAGCAGAUCAGAAGCUGUUGCCAUGAUGCAGAAACUGCUAGAGAAUGAAGUCAUUCAUCAUGUCUGUGAUGAUCAUGAUUUCAAAGAUGAGAAGCUAUUCUAUCGUUUCAGGAGAGAUGACAAUACUUAUGAGGAGCCACCAGAUGCUAUGAUAGUUGCUAAGGGCCAGAGAAUAUACAGCAGAUUAAAGACAGAUGGUAGCAACCUGAUACAAGACAGAAAGUAUCACCUCCAAACAUUCAAGCAGAGCUUCAUCGGGCGAGAGUUUGUGGAUUGGCUGAUAACAAGAGGAGAAGUGAGCACGAGAGAAGAGGGAACACAGUUAGGAAGACAGUUUGUUGAUGCAGGAGUAUUCAGACACGUUUGCGAUGAUCAUCAUUUCAAAGACGAGUACCUAUUCUUCAGAUUCAAGAACGACGACCCGAAAAGCCAAAAGACUUUUGGCAAGAGAGUAGGCGUCGCCAAGAGCCGAGGAAAGCGCCUAGGUUCCAUGAUCUCGUCCGAACAAGGUUCCGAAAACCGUAACUCUGAUAUCAGCUUUGAGUCUUCAAGUGCCAGCGAUCAGUACAUGUCAGGUGGUAGCACCUCCCCUCAGGAGAACGAUGAUGAAUACAUUGCUAUGCAGUCUGCCGUUGAUCCCGAGUACUUACAAAUGCAAGCACCUUCCGAGCCUACCUACAUCUCACCGGCUGACCCACCAACAUUCGGACAGCAGCAAUCUUACUCUGACAUAACCAUUGAAGAGCUAACGGACCCUAAUGGAAGAUUCAUCAAGAGAAGUGUUGAUAUUGUGAGCGAUCCCGUGGGAUAUGGUUUUGUAAUCAGAGGCUCAAGACCAGUUUAUGUACACACAGUUGAUCCUAGUGGACCAGCUGCCAGUAUAGGACUACAGGUUGGUGAGUACUUAUACUCGGUCAAUGGCCAGUAUGUAUUGGAUAAAUCACAUACUGACGUCGCUAGGAUCAUCCUGAUGGGAACGAGCACAGCUUACCUUGUAACCUUUAUAGAUAAAGAUAGAGUCCAAUCAUCAUAAUAAUAAACCGUCACAGUCAUAAUAUUAUAAUCAAUGUUGUUGUUGUUGUAAACAAGAUGUUUUGUUUGUGUAAACAUGUGCAUAUAUGUGUGUGUAUAUUAUUGUGUUAUUGUUGGAGUAAUUCGUUGCUCAUUUAAACUUUCUCUCUCAUUAUAAAUAUUUUAAUGUACCCGAUUAUAUAUAUAAUUAUGUAUUUUGUAAAAAAUAUCAUUGCAUUAAAUAUUAAGUAACUAUUAUAGUAAAUUAAGUAACUAUUCAAUAUAAAUAUUAGUUAACUAUUUA